CCGCGUCGGCACGCUCGCGCGCCUUACCGCCGAAAAACGCGCGCCGCGCAGUUCGGAGCAAAACGGGGAAACUUCGCAUAUCCUAGACAAUGGGCGAAACGCCCGAUAUCGCAUUUGCCACGCGGCCGUCCAAAUCCAACUCGCGCGUUUCCGCUCAUUUUUGUCCGCGCCCGACCGUAUCCCCGCGGGCCGUCAGCUGUGCUUUUGAAGUUUUAUCUACGGCCCUGUCCGUCGCCGUUACUUCGUCAUCGUCCCGUGACACUAUCUACUGCACGCGUUUUCGUAUUUCCGUAUUUAUUUGUUGUUUUUUUUUCCUCUGGCCUCACUGUACCGGGAAAUAUUGCCAACACGGCGUAGUGGUACGUGCUCGAUCGAUAAUCCUCUCCGUUCUGCAGCCCUUUACUCCCGCUACGGGUGCCCGACAAUUCUGGUCUUUUAUUCACGUCUUACUCAUUCCCGCUCUACUCGAUUGUUGCCUACUAUGCUUCCAGUUGGUACGGUAGACGAUGUUUUUACGUUCGGUACCUAUUGGCUAUUAGGUGUAAGUAAAUGGGGUGAAUACCUAUUGAAAAUAAAAAAAAGGUCGAAUAAUACGGAUUAAAGUAAAUGGGUACAUUCGACUUUGUGGCCCUGGGUUUGAAUGGUACCACCAUACUGAAUAUAAACACCGGUUUUGAUGAGCUUUCACUCGUCGUUACAUUCAGGCCGAUUGCUGAUGCCUACUUCGUUGUGUUUAUUACGUUUUUAAAAAUUAGAAAAUUAAUAUUCCGGUCGCUGGGGGCCGCCUCCCUACGACUGUCUCGUUAACGAUUAACGUUAUUUCCGAAAUUCGCCAGACAUCAGACUCAAUCGGUAUACCCUAGGUAUUCGUAGAUUGUAAACAUGACGUUAGGCGUGUAUCGUCAAACAUUAUAUUAAUGACGAAAACGAAAAAAAAAACAACUCAAUCUGAACGAUAGACAUUCGCACUCGACCGUUAUUGUUAACGAAAUACCAUCGCAAUCCCCCGGUAUACGCAUAAUGUCGCUGUACCGGCUGCACGCGCGGUCGGUUUUAAAAUAGACCGGCUGCUCGACUAACCGACGGUCGGCCCAAACGCUUAUGACGUAAGUGCACACGAAUACGCGAACAAAUCAUUAGUCAUGCGGUCGCGCCCGCGGGCAAUGUUGGCCGAUGCACUUUGAUGUUUGAACGCGCAUUACGGACGCGGUAAACCGACGGCGUUCGGCGCCACUCGCGAAUUGUGACAUUGGGAACAACCGGCGUAGGUAAAGGAGCGAGCCUCUAUUUCUCUUGCCGAUGCGCGAUUCGUGAACAGCCCAUUGGUCGAGACGUCGAAGUGCGCAGCGCGACGUGUAUAAUUGUUAUUAUUACGUUCGUAGAUAACACGUCGAUGCGACCGAUAAGAAAUUUUUUAGUAGGAGAGUCAUUCGUCUGCGGAAUACAGAUCCGUGUUGUGUUUACGGUUUCAUUUUGUUCGUUUCCUAAUUAGUCGUGACUCAUGUUAUUUACUCCGUACGAACAGUGACCACCAUUUUACCAUCGUGUUCCGUGUUUCGACGCUCGCACCGACGUUUUUUGUUUUGUAAUUUUUUCGGCCGAAACAUAUUGUACAAUAUAAUACUGUUCCUGUUCGGGUGAGAAUUAAACUUCGCCGCCACCAUGAGUCUCCAAUGGACGAUUAUCGCGACUUUUUUGUACUUCGAAGUGGGUGUCUUGAUACUGUUCCUGGUGCCGUAUAUGUCGGCCAAACGUUGGAGCAGCCUUUUCCGUUCCCGAUUCUAUCAGGCACUCAGUGCGCAGGCCCAGUGGUAUUUCACGUUUCUGCUGUGCAUUCUCGUCCUGUUUCUGUUGGACUCGAUACGUGAAAUGCGCAAAUACUCCAACCCCGAACUAAACGACGCGCACCAACAUCUAGACCACGAAAUGCAAUCUAACAUGCGUCUUUUCCGCGCUCAGCGCAACUUCUACAUCAGUGGUAUAGCUCUGUUCCUUAGCUUUGUUAUUAAACGUUUUAUAUCCCUGAUGACCCUGCAAGCGUCUUUGGUCGCCCAAAGCGAAGCGUCUCUGAAACAAGCCCAGAGCGCCAACAAAGUUGCCAGAUCAUUUUUAGCAAAGAAAGAUGAAGCUGAAGAAGAGUCUGAAGCAUUGAAAGAACUUCAAAAGGAACUGGAGGCAUUCAAGGCAGAACGUGAUGCGAUAAAAGCCGACCGAGAUGCGAUCAAAAGUCAAGCAGAAUCGGUCAGCAAUGAGUAUGACAGGCUUAUGGGCGAAUACGAAAAACUCCAGAAGACUGUCGGAAACGAAUCAAAGAAGGAUGAUUAAUUAUUAAACAUACCAACUAUUAGGCAUAAUAUCUUAAUUAAACUGAACUUUUAAAAAUUAUAAUUUAUUGUGGCUUUUCAGUAUUUUGUUAAUAAUUGUCUUGGGUCAUUGAUUGCCAGUGAAGACUUGCAACAAGGGUGGGCUUUAUACAUAUACAUAUAUAUAUGUGUAUGUAUAUUUUUUUUUAUAACAAAAAAUGAAUAUUACUAGACAUGUCUAAAAUAUUUAGGGCAUUUGAUUAUUUGAUGUUUUGUUUUGUUUAUUUUUACAAGUAUCUAUUUAUUUUUUUUUUUUUUAAUAGUAAAUUAAAGAACAAUUAUUAUAUGCUGUAUUGAAUUAUCACAGUAAGUACUAUAUUCUAUACAAUUUGUACUUGCAUAUUAUAAUAAACAAUAUUUUGUCAAUUAAAAUAUUUACUUAUUCCACUAUGUAUGUUUUAUAAAAAUCAUUAUAGUAAUUUUAAUAUAUUAAUUUCAACAUAGUACCAGAAACAUGUAAAACUUGUUAUUCUAUUACAGGAAAUAAAAUUCAGUGUUUAUAUAAUGACUAAUGACUCAUAACAUUACUCUGUCAUAGUUUUAGAUUUGAUCGAAAUUAAAUAAAAAAUUUAAUAUUUGACUGAAUAAUGGCUACUUUAUGUGUGUCUACCAGUCGUAAAGCCAUAAUAGCAGAAAUCAAACCUAUUAAAGUACCUAUACUUCGAAAGGAAACAAUCAUCAUGGAUAAUAAGGAAAUUACGUCAAAAUUUAAUUUUAUAAAUAAGUACCUAAUAAACACGUUUAUGCUUAAUAUUGUAUGUAACUAUGAAAUAACCAAAAAUCAAGUUAAUUCAGUAUUCUAAUUUGAUUAUGAAUUCAAUUUAAUUUACUCAAGGGAAAUUCUUGUCAAAGAAACCACAAACAUAAUUUUACAAUUUUUAACAUCUGGAAAAUCAAAGCCCGAAGUCUUAUUAUU